AUGUCAGGGUGCCCUGCAACUGCUCGGCCCCACAUUGUUGCCCCCGGGUCCUUGCCCGGCAUCAGGCACCCAUUACCGCAUCCCUUUUUCUUCCCCGCCCCCGCAGCUCUACCGCCGCACAUCGCCGGGGCUUCACACGCUGGUCCUGAGUACCGGUUCUCUACUGCUUCCCCAGGCCGUGCACCUCCUUUUAGGAGUUUCCUGAGUCAUCCGCAGAGACAAGAAAAUGCGAUUGUACAAGCACGCAGAACAAACGCUAAACACAAAACUGGCUGCGUGACCAUCGACUCGCUCGGCGCUCCUGUCGCCUGGCAGCGCGCAUCGAUGCCCUCGGCAGCUCGGCUGGCGCUGCCUGGCGCCGCAACCAGGAAGGCGCUGAGCUUAAACUGCGGCAAGUCGGAGGACGCCGGCGGCGCCCUGAUCCCAAGGAAUUCUUCCAGGUCUGAGGCGCUCGCACGCCUGGGGGGGCGGCCCUCGCGGCUGCGGGGCUCCGAGGCCCUGCUCCGGCGUGCGGCAACGCGGAGCCUGGCGCGGCCCGGGGCCGGAGCCGGCGGGGGUGGGCCGCGGCGCUGGCGUGCGGAGCGGCCGUGCGCAUGCGCACGCGCCCGGCACUGUGGAAGGCCCCCCGCCGCUGGGUGGAGGCUCCGGGCCGCGGGGUGGCGCGGCUCGGUCCCGAGGUGGCGUGGAGAGUUAGCGACAGGCCUGGCCUUGUUCGCCGCGCCGGGUUUCCUGCCUAGUCCACCAGCUCCAGAAAUGGGACGCCGGUCAUCAGACACUGAAGAAGAAAGCAGAAGCAAGAGAAAAAAGAAACACCGAAGACGGUCAUCUUCAAGCAGUUCUUCAGAUAGUAGAACAUACAGCCGAAAGAAAGGUGGAAGGAAAUCAAGAUCGAAGUCAAGAUCUUGGUCCAGAGAUCUUCAGCCUCGGUCACAUUCUUAUGAUAGAAGACGUAGACAUCGAUCAAGCAGCAGCUCUUCUUAUGGCUCUAGAAGAAAACGAAGUCGAAGUCGUUCAAGGGGUCGAGGGAAAUCCUAUAGAGUUCAAAGGUCUAGGUCAAAAAGCAGAACAAGAAGAAGUCAAUGGAAGUCUUCCGAGAUCUCCCACUUUGUAGCACCAAAGUGAACAGCUCUCAAGAGACUACUCACCUAGAAGCUACUUCUCUGCCCAGGUGUCUACCAAACACUGCCUGUAGAGGGGAAUCUGUCUUUUCUGUUGCAAUGCAAGGAAGACCUUAAGAGAGUCACAGUGAUGUCUAGUUAACAAUAAAACUCCAGUAUGCAUGUAAUUGAGUUUUGUAACUCUGUUAGGUUGUUAUUCGGGCUAGCACCUUAAUUUUGAAUACUAGGAAACAAAUUUAUGGGUUUAUUGAAAACAAUUUCUGAUAUCCAAAUUUAACUAAUAACUAAAUAAUUGAGACACACUGAA